AUGGCUACCAAGCAGGAUAAUUCCCUUUUGAAUGGCGUUGGGAGCAGAAUAUCCCAGGUCGAGAAGGUUAUUUCAGCGUCUCUACGGCCAUUGCCCACUACGACGGGCGACGGGACGUAUGUCACAGAGCAAGUGCAGACAGGCUUAGUCAAAGACCUUAGCCAUGUCGACCUCGACAAUAUCAAGGCCAUUUUGGAGAUUGUCAAGGAUACAGCAACAGGCGAGCCGCUCAAUGACAGACACUAUAUUAUGGAGCGGGUGAUCCAGCUCGCUUCCGGCCUACCUUCAACCUCACGAAAUGCAAAAACAUUGACGAACACCUUCCUCAAACAACUCUGGAAUGAUCUGGAGCACCCGCCAAUCUCCUAUCUAGGUUCAGAGCACGUAUAUCGACAAGCGGAUGGUUCAGGCAAUAAUUACCUAUGGCCUCACAUUGGCGCCGCUGGCUCUCACUAUGCUAGGUCUGUACGCCCAACGACGGUCCAGUCCCCAUCUCUUCCGGAGCCGGAGACACUUUUUGCGUCUCUUUUAGAGAGAAAGGAAUAUAAGGAGCAUCCGAACAAGAUCUCCAGUAUCUUGUUCUACCUUGCGUCCAUCAUUAUUCAUGAUCUUUUCCAAACCGACCGCAAUGAUUAUACCGUGAGCUUGACAUCGUCCUAUCUUGAUCUCUCACCACUGUACGGCAACAAUCAAGACGAACAAAAUCAGGUAAGGACUUUUCAAGAUGGAAGAUUGAAGCCGGAUUGCUUCUCUAGCAAACGUAUCCUCGGUUUCCCUCCCGGUGUUGGUGUCCUUCUGAUCAUGUUCAACCGGUUCCAUAAUUACGUGGCCGAGAAUUUGGCUACCAUCAACGAGGGUGGCCGGUUCACCAAGCCAGAUGAGUCGAACGCCAAAGCAUACGCGAAAUACGACAACGACCUCUUCCAGACUGCUCGCCUAGUGACUUCCGGCUUGUACAUCAACAUUAUCUUGAAGGAUUAUGUUCGCACCAUCCUAAACAUCAAUCGAACAGACAGUACCUGGAGUUUAGACCCUCGUGCAGAGAUGCAAGAUGGCCUUCUUGGCGAGGCACCUGCGCAGGCCACCGGUAACCAGGUCUCCGCUGAGUUCAAUCUCGUGUAUCGCUGGCAUUCUUGUAUCUCCAAGCGAGACGAGAAAUGGACGCAAGAUAUGUAUCGCGAACUUUUCCCUGGAAAAGACCCGGAAGAGAUCUCUCUAAGAGAGUUCCUGCAGGGAGUUAGUCAAUGGGAAGCUAGACUGCCAGAGGAACCCUCAGAGCGCCCAUUUGCUGGGCUGCAGCGAAAGGAGAAUGGGUCGUUGGACGAAGGUGAACUCGCCAAGCUAUUCGCAGACAGUGUGGAGGACUGUGCAGGCGCCUUUGGAGCAUCCAAUGUCCCGUCGGUCUUCCGCAACAUUGAGACUCUCGGCAUCAUGCAAGCCCGUUCCUGGAAUUUGGCCACGUUGAAUGAAUUCCGAAAGUACUUCAACCUCACUCCGUACAAGACGUUUGAGGAGAUCAACUCGGACCCUCACAUCUCCGGUCAGCUCAAGAGGCUGUACGAGCACCCCGACCUGGUGGAAAUCUACCCAGGUAUCAUUGUCGAAGACGCGAAGGAGUCGACGAUUCCUGGAAGUGGCUUAUGCACGAAUUACACGAUCUCGAGAGCUAUUCUCUCCGAUGCGGUGGCCUUGGUCCGCGGUGAUCGUUUCUAUACGGUUGACUAUACACCAAAACACCUUACGAACUGGGCCUAUAAAGAGAUUCAGUACCAGGAUACUGUUGAUCAAGGACAUGUCUUCUACAAACUGGUCUUACGUGCAUUCCCCAAUACCUUCACCGGUAACUCUGUCUAUGCUCAUUUCCCUCUCGUUGUCCCAUCCGAGAACGAGAAGAUUUUCAAGGAUCUCGGCCGAUUUGAUGACUAUAGCUGGGAUCGGCCCAGCCUCAGCCCGCCGCCGCAGUUCAUCUCCUCAAAUGCCGCCUGCGCGGCUAUUCUGAGCGAUCAAGACACUUUCAAGGUCAUCUGGGGUAAGAAGAUUGAAUUUCUGAUGAGCCAUAACAAUCAGCCUCACGGCCGGGACUUCAUGCUGUCGGGAGACAAACCUCCAAACGCUGCAUCCCGCAAAAUGAUGGGAGCAGCUCUCUACCGUGACAAGUGGGAGAGCGAAGCCAAACGAUUCUACGAAAACAUUACUCUGAAGCUUUUGCAUCAGCAUUCGUAUAAAAUUGCUGGAGUCAACCAGGUCGACAUCGUUCGCGACGUCGCCAACCUCGCGCAGGUCCAUUUCUGCGCGAAUGUGUUUUCUCUGCCCCUCAAGACCGAAUCGAACCCCCGGGGCAUCUUCACUGAACAAGAACUCUAUGAGAUAAUGGCCCUCGUAUUUGCCUCAAUCUUCUAUGACGCAGAUGUUGGGAAAUCGUUCGAGCUUAACCAAGGCGCUCGGAGCGCAACACAGCAGCUCGGAGAGCUGACAAUGGCCAAUGUCGACUUUGUCAGGAACACCGGUUUUAUUCAGAAUCUGGUACACAGCCUGCAUCGACAUGACAUUCUAAGCGAAUAUGGUGUGCACAUGAUACAGCGUCUGCUCGCCAGUCAGAUUUCCCCGACUGAAAUCGUCUGGACUCACAUUUUGCCGACCGCCGGUGGAAUGGUUGCCAACCAGGCUCAACUCUUCUCGCAAUGUCUUGAUUACUACCUGUCCGAUGAGGGCUCCGCUCACCUACCGGAAAUUAAUCGGCUUGCUAAGGAGGACACCCCCGAAGCUGAUGAUCUGCUGCUAAGAUACUUCAUGGAAGGCGCUCGUUUGCGCUCUUCCGUGGCUCUGCCUCGCUAUGUGGCAAAGCCUACGGUGAUCGAUGAUGCUGGCACGAAGCUGGCAUUGAAGACUGGUCAGUUGGUAUAUUGCAACUUGGUCGCCGCGUCAAGGGAUCCCGUUUGUUUUCCAGAGCCUGAAACAGUGAGGCUUGACCGUGACAUGAGCGCAUAUGCUCAUUUUGGUUGGGGACCUCACCAAUGUCUUGGAAUGAGUCUGUGUAAGCUGGCUCUUACCACGAUGUUGAAGGUUGUAGGACGCUUGGACAACCUUCGACGUACCCCUGGCCCUCAGGGCCAGCUGAAGAAGAUUCCGAGCUACGGGGGCAUAACCAUCUACAUGACUGCCGAUCAGAGUAGUUUCUGGCCGUUCCCCUCCACUAUGAAGAUUCAGUGGGAUGGAGAGCUGCCGCCUCUUGCAACGAACUAA